AUGGCUCUUAGCUUCAGAACAGCUCGCCCCGCCACCAAGCUCGCCCAGGCUUCUCGACCGCUAGUCAGCAGCCGACGCUAUGCGACCGCCGAGCCCGACCUGAAGACCGUCCUGAAGGAGGUCAUCCCCGCUAAGCGGGAGCUGUUUAAGCAGGUCAAGGCUCAGGGCGAGGAGAAGAUCGGCGAUGUGCAGAUUGGCAACACCAUUGGUGGCAUGCGCGGCCUCAAGGCCCUCCUCUGGGAAGGCUCAGUGCUCGACCCCAACGAGGGCAUCCGUUUCCACGGCAAGACCAUCAAGGACUGCCAGAAGGAGCUCCCCAAGGGUACCUCGGGCACCGAAAUGCUUCCCGAGGCCAUGUUCUGGCUGCUUUUGACUGGCCAGGUCCCUUCCACUGCGCAGGUCCGGGCCUUCUCCCGGGAGCUCGCUGAAAAGUCGCACCUCCCCACCCACAUCUUGGACCUGAUCAAGUCUUUCCCCAAGCACAUGCACCCUAUGACCCAGCUUUCGAUUGCUGUGGCUGCCCUGAAUACCGAGUCCAAGUUCGCUCAGGCUUAUGAAAAGGGCCUGAACAAGGCUGAGUACUGGGAGCCCACCUUUGACGACAGCAUCUCGCUUCUGGCCAAGAUUCCGCGCGUGGCCGCCCUGGUCUUCCGACCCAACGAGAUCGAUACCGUUGGCACCCAGAAGCUAGAUGCUGCGCAGGACUGGUCGUACAACUUUGCUGAGCUGCUGGGCAAGGGCGGCAAGGAGAACCAGGACUUCCACGACCUUCUUCGUCUGUACCUCGCUCUUCACGGCGACCACGAAGGUGGCAACGUCUCUGCGCAUGCUACCCACUUGGUUGGCAGUGCCCUGAGUGACCCCUUCCUCAGCUACAGCGCUGGUCUUCCGGGCUUGGCCGGCCCAUUGCACGGCCUUGCGGCCCAGGAAGUCUUGCGUUGGAUCCUGGCCAUGCAGGAGGAGAUUGGCACCAAGUUCACCGACGAGGAUGUCCGAUCCUACCUCUGGAGCACUCUUAAGUCAGGCCGUGUGGUGCCCGGCUACGGACACGGCGUUCUUCGCAAGCCCGACCCCCGCUUCGAGGCUCUGAUGGACUUCGCUGACUCCCGCCCUGACGUCCUCGCCAACCCUGUGUUCCAGCUCGUGAAGAAGAACUCGGAAAUUGCCCCUGGUGUCCUUACCGAGCACGGAAAGACCAAGAACCCUCACCCCAACGUGGACGCUGCCUCCGGUGUUUUGUUCUACCACUACGGCUUCCAGCAGCCUCUUUACUACACCGUUACAUUCGGUGUCAGCCGUGCAUUGGGUCCUCUGGCCCAGCUUGUCUGGGACCGUGCUCUGGGCCUGCCUAUCGAGCGCCCCAAGAGUAUCAACCUCCUCGGUCUGCUCAAGAAAUAA